CCGCGCGCGCCACUCGGUGGACUGUCCCUCCGCGGCGCGGGGCGCACCAUGGCGCGCCGGGCCGCCCUUGCUCUGCUGCUUCUCGGCCUGCUGGGCGCUCUGUCCCGGGGCCAAGAUUUUGAUUUGUCCGACGCUCUUGGUGAGGAUGACAAGAAGCCCACAGCACCUCCCAAGAAGCCCCAACCAGGACAAGACUUAAAUUUAGAAGAUGCCCUUAGUGGAGGGGAAUAUGACCCCGCACAGCCUAAUCCACCCAAACCAAAGCCGGAGCCAAACCCUCGCCAGCCCGGCUCCUCCGGUGGCUUUUCAGAUGCUGACCUCGCUGAUGGGACAUUUGGGACGUCCGGCGAAGGUGGAGGGGGGAGCCACAGAGAUGACGGGAACCAGCAGGGUGACUCCCCUGGGGUCAUCCCUGGGAUCAUAGGGACCAUAGUGGUUGCUGUGGCCGGGGCUGUUUCCAGCUUCAUUGCUUACCAGAAAAAGAAGUUGUGCUUCAAAGAAAAUGAUGAGUCGAAGACCUAGGCACAAGGAGGAAACCCUGCCCAGGAGGCAAGACCAACCUGGCCUGAUAAAUGUUUAUCUCCAAGACUCAGAGUCCUUACCCUUAAAGCAGACUUUGCAAUUAUUACUCUCCUCUCUUGUUCUAGAAAACCAGUGUAGCGGUAUGAUUCUCAGCAAAUUUCAUACUUUGAAUUCUGUGUGUUACCUGCCUUCUUAAUGCAAAGAAGUUUGUUAUAUUACAUUAUGGAAAUUGAUUACAUUACAUUAUGAAGGGCGAUUACAUUAUGAAAGAUGAUUACGUUAUAUUGUAUUACAUUACAGAAGGCAAUUAUAUUAUAUUACAUUACAUUAUGCAGUGUCAUUACAUUACAUAGGGAAGAACAUUACAUUACAUUAUGGAAGGUCAUUACAUUACAUCACAUCACAUUAUGGAACGUGAUUAUAUUACAUGACAUUACAUUGUGGAAGGCCAUUACAUCACAUCACAUUAUGGAAAGUGAUUACAUUAAAUGACAUUAUGGAGGGUGAUUACAUCGCAUUACAUUACAUUAUGGAAGGUGAUUAGAUUAGAUUACAUUAUAGAAGUUCAUUAGGUUACAUUAUGGGAGGUGAUUACAUUGCAUUACAUUAUAGAAGUCCAUUAGGUUACAUUAUGGAAGGUCAUUACAUUGCGUUACAUUAUAGAAGUUCAUUAUGUUACAUUAUGGGAAGUGAUUACAUUGCAUUACAUUAUAGAAGUCCAUUAGGUUACAUUAUGGAAGGUCAUUACAUUGCGUUACAUUAUGGAAGUUCAUUAUGUUACAUUAUGGGAAGUGAUUACAUUGCAUUACAUUAUAGAAGUCCAUUAGGUUACAUUACGGGAGGUCAUUACAUUGCGUUACAUUAUAGAAGUCCAUUAGGUUACAUUAUGGGAAGUGAUUACAUUGCAUUACGUUAUGUUACAUCAUGAGAGGUGAUUACAUUGCAUAUAUAUUAUAUUCAUGCACAAGUAGCUUCAGAAAGGGAAGAUAAAUGCACUUUUUAAAAAACUUAAAUACAACAGGAAGAAAUGGAGCGGCUAGCUUCCAUGUAUUGUUUAGGCUCGUCACCCCCAGUUCCAUUCCUCCCAAUGCAUCGGUCAGCAGGGCAGGGAACGGGCGCCAACUUUAUUGCCACAGACCGGGCAAAGCUGGUGAAGGCUUCCCAGCUGUGUUUUGGUCUCGUGGUACUUUAUGAUUUCAAAUGGGCUUUUUUUCGUAAACAUAGUCAGGAUCUGUAUCGUCUUCCUCAGCCCAGUUAGAAUGGCUUUGCCUCUGAACCUUGCACAGUGCCUAUUAGGAAGGAAUUCUUGUCCUAUGAAGUGAACGCAAGGUUAGAAUUUGCCUGUGUUGACAGCUGACCGCCUCCUCUGCCUGCAGAAAAAAAUACCCUCUGCGGUCACCUCCUUGGUUGUUUUCACAAAUAUCUUUGAACUCUCCUCGUCAGCGGUUCGUUUUUAUCUUAGAACCUUGGACUCGUUAGCAUUUAACCAUCAUUUCGUGGUUGGAAGAAGGGGUUACGUCACUGCAUCAUUUCAUCCAAAUUAAUUACAAGUUGCAGUGACACAGACUGUACACACGUGUCCACGGAGGUAUUUUAACCUCAGAAGUGGGACAGCUUCACACAUACUAAAGUUUCAUCAAUGGAAAAUGAAUUGUUGUGUAUUCAAUGGUUUCUCUGCUGUUUGAAAUGCGUAGCUUAUGUUUUCAUUAGCCACAGUGCAGCCAAGAAAUAAAUGUUUUAUCUGUCAAUCUCUCACGCCUCUUGGAUUUAUUUUCCAGUUCUUUAAGCCCUGGUUUUUAUCAAGGGGUAUAAACGUGGCCUGCAAACUUGUUGGAGAGAUGUCUCAACAGUCGCUUGUACCUGGAGAGGGGUGGGCAGACAGGGUGGUGGGGUAGAGGGCAGACAUUCUCCCUUUUGUAAGAUAGCUAUUAGUACUGUUUGGAUUUUCUUCAAAUUUGACUUUCUUAAAUUUCGGUUUCAACGGGGUUCCUACCCUGUCACUGCUCAGGUCUGGGAAAUUAAAGGAACAACACAGUAUGUCCUGUGCUGCCCACAGGAGGAGACGCUGUAUGGAGUAUUUCAGCAGUGAGGGUUUCUGUGUUUGUCUUCAGGGCCUGCUGUGGGUUGAACUUCCCCUGAUGACCAGGGCAGUUUGGGGCAGUCUGUGUCUACACGCUGCCACUCAGCUUGCACCUGAGGGAGGUGGGUAGGACGGCUAGAGGGCCGAACUCCCCCCGGAGAAUAGCAAUCAGGUGGUAGCGGAAAAUGUCCGCUUGUCCCAGACGCCGAAACAUACUACCCUGCGAAGAUUCUCUUUAUUGACUUUUGAGGAGGACUGGGCACAGUUACAAGUAAGGUUUUUUCAUAGAGAAAACCAAAAAAUCCAAACCCAUUGCGCUCAGGGUGAUUCUGGGUUCCUGGUUGGCACAAAUUUUAUAUGCAUAUAGAGCUUAGCUGCUAACGAAAAGGUCGACAGUUCGAAUCCACCAGCCGCUCCUUGGAAACCUUAUGGGGGACAGUUCUACUGUGUCCUGUAGGGCUGCUAUGAGUCCCCAUCGACGUGACAGCAACUGGUUUGGUUUUAUCUGAUCAAUACAGUUCCCCAGGUGGCGCAAGCAGUUUGCGAUCAGCUGCUAACCUAACAGAUGGUGAUUUGAGCCUACGUGGUGGUGCUGCGGAAGAAAGGCCUGGCAACCUGGCUUCAUAAAGAUUACAGCCAAGGAAACCCUAUGGGGGCAGUUGUACUCCGUGACAUGGGGGUCACCAUUUUCAAAGAUACAUGUCCAUGUUUGAAUGUAGGGGGUUUCCUUGUGCUUGUACUUCGGUUUUCAGGGGGAAGAAAGCUACUGUGUAUGUAGUGAAAAACAAAAUUGCUUGGGUUCCACUAAUUAAUACCAUUUACUCCUGCACCAUGUAUGGAAAAAUACAGCCAAGUAGUCAUACACAGCAGCAGAAUGGUUGGCUGCUAAACACGGAUGAAAAGAACCUCUUUGGUCUUAGGGUUUAGACUUAUGCUGUCUUUUCCUGAGAUUCUUGGGUGGUGCAAGCAAUUAACAUGCCUGGCUGCUAACUGAAAGCUCUGAGGUUCGAGUCCACCCAGAGGCACCUCAGAAGAAAGGCCUGGAGAUCUACAUCGAAAAAUACCAGGCAUUGAAAACCCUGUGGAGCACAGUUCUCCUCUAACACACAGUUCUAUUCUAACACACAAGAUGGUUUUUGUCUCUUCAAAGAAACAUAAGAUGACUUACAUGUAUUUCGCAGGCACGUGUUCUCUGUUGCAUUCAGAUAUGGGUGUUUUCUUCUUGUUUUCAGGGGAACAAGGUGACGUGAACAUGGAGAACAUUCAAGACAAGGCAGAGCCA